AAGCCCUAGCACGUCCUCGAAUCGAAACCAGCAGCCUCGGCCCGCCGAACCCCCCUGCCCCUCCCCACGCCGCCGCCGCCUUGUAACUAGGCAGAGUAGCUGUUUUUCGUUUCGCCGACUCCGCAGGAGCUCCCUCCGAUGGAUCCGCAGCAGCCGGAACCCGUCAGCUAUCUCUGCGGAGAUUGUGGAGCUGAGAACACGCUGAAGUCAGGAGAUGUGAUACAGUGUCGUGAGUGUGGCUAUCGCAUCCUGUACAAGAAGCGCACACGCCGAAUUGUUCAAUAUGAAGCCCGCUGAAGAGAGAAAGCUACAAUGUUGGAUGCAUGAUACUCCGUACAAGACUUGUAGUUUGAUGGUUGAUCGUGUCCGUCCAUGAACUGGACUUUAGGUUGAAGUCGUAAAACUCCCAACUGUGUUUGAGAUUUGAGAUAAUGCACACCUAAGGUUUUCUAUUGUUUGUUUGUUCAUGUGACGUGAAUUUCUCGUGUCAAGCAGCAUCCACAUUUGAAGAACAGCAAACUGUCGUAAUUUCUUUCAGCUGGUUGUGACUGUCAA